CAUCUUUUCAGAAAAUGUGCCCCCUAGUUGAAUGUGAGCAGCCUUACAUACCUCAUUUAUCAGUUACUAUUCAAAACUCCCAUCCAAUCAUGUCCCCUGCUUGGUCUGGCUAUUUCUGGUGCAGUGGCUACUGGGCUCAGAUAAAGGAAGAAUCUGAAAGGUUGUUGCACUGGUAGUUUCAGGGGGAACUGAACAUUGUCCCUCAACCAUUCUCUCUGAGCUUAUGGUCUCUUCAUGAAGACUUGAUAUUCGUCUACGUUCUCUGUAGCUUGUUGCCUGCUACUGCUAGUAAACGUGUGGUCUGUAAAAUGGCCUGCUUCUGCUGCCUGUGACCCAGCCGCUGUGGAGGUCAAGAUGGAUGACCUGCACCGUAAACUAGACCAGCUUUUAGCGCAUAGCUUUGAGGGAAGCUGCCCAACUUGUGGGAUGUGCACCCAUCACAGCCGGCAGCAAGAGGCUACAGCCAGCCAGCUCUCAGCUCAGGCCAAGAUACUCGAGAACCUGGAAAGGAACGUCAUGGACCUGAAGAAUGCGCUGGAGGAAUUGACGCAAAGUCUAGAAGGGAGUAUUUGUGAAAAAAUGGCUGUACCUUUAGCAGCUCUGCAAAGGAGGAAAUCGUUGCCUGUACGCACGUCGGUGGAUGAAGUCUAUGUGCAGUUGGAUAAACUCAGAGAUCAAAAAAUAAUCCAGCGUACGUUUAAUGCACCCUGUGGGAAAGGUCAGGAAGAGAUUCUGAUUGAAGCCACAGAAGGUGAGGGGCUAAGAGACGGCAGAUCGUCACUCAGAUAUGACCGUGCAGAAAGCAAAGCUAACAAAGAUAUAAUAAAAGUGACCCCAUGCUCCACAACACCACUGUUUGGGAAUAAAUCACCAAAUAUUGCCAAGAUCGGAGAAGCAAAAUCAUUAAGUACAAAUAGUUCCAAGACAGCAGGAGUGGCCGGUUGUACAGCUGCAGUGACCGCAAAGAUGGAUACACUUACAGUUCCAUCAAAGAUGCAUAUUCCACCACCAGAAGUGAUUACACCUCCACCAGCAAGGAGAAGUCCACCACCACUGGAAAUGACUAUGCCAAAACCAAAGAUGAGUACGGAUCCACCAAAAAUGGAGACACCUUCAGCAAAGAUGAUCGUUCCUCCACAAAAGGUUGCACCAACUACAAAAAGCGCACCAGCAACAACACAAACCCUAAAACCAAAAAUCACACAAGCUCCUUUUCCAUUUAAAGCAACGGUGUCUUCACCUACCACAACAACCUUACAAACUUCACUAGCAGGAUCUACAACCAUAGCAACAAAUCAGAAGAUCCCUGGUUUAUGGACUGCUUCAGUCACAACAUCUCCAACGUCUGUAUCCAGUAGUUUUCCAAGGUUUAAUGUAACAGAGAAUGCUCCACCACCAUCAUCAGUCCAUAGUCUUCAAAAGGAAAGUUUGGGAGUUCCUGUUGUAACGUCACAAGGCAAAGAGAUGUCUCUGCAAAAAUCUGCGCAAUCGCUUGUGUCGGAAACACUCGACUCAAACGUAUCCCAGCCAAACAGCACUGCCCCAAGACUAAUAAAGACAAAAGAUGAACUGCUAUCACCAAAGACAACUGGUCCUUUGCUCACAUGCUUGGUCACCUCCAAACUCAAUCCUCCACCAAAAUCCCCAGCAACAGAGAACAUCACACCAAGCCAUAAACUUCCAAAGGCUCCGGUAUCAACACCACAAAACAUAGACAAGCCUUCAACAAAUGCACAAACAACAAAAACACUUACAACGAAAUCAUCUACCGUGUCACCCGUCUCAUCAUCAGCGGCGACUUCCUUUCUCCAACAUGUCUACAGCUGUCCCGAAUCCUUGCAAAGUCUUCAGGCCCACGGGGGAAAGGCUGAGCCUGCGACCACAGUAACACCACCUUUUGGGAAAUCUGGGAACGGGCCAACAGGAAUCACCUGCACCAGACCGCAAAAGACUGGAGGGAUACAAAUUAAAAUAAGUCCUGCGUCUGAGAAAACCACAAAUCAAAAUGUCAAAAUACCCCCCAAGACCUGCUUCAAAAUUAUAGAUGAUGUUCCUCCACAGCCUGCACCUUUCUCACAUCGGUGUGUGUCUCUAAAGACGAGCCCGCCGUCUGACUUCAGCAUCCACACUCGAGAAGUGCUGGGAGGUGGUCGGUUUGGCAAAGUGCACAAAUGCACAGAGAUUAAAAACGGGCUUAGACUGGCAGCGAAGAUCAUCAGUACCAGAUGUGCCAAAGAGAGGGAAAUGGUGUUGAACGAGAUCGAAGUAAUGAACCAACUGAAUCACGCCAACAUCCUUCAGCUGUUUGAUGCUUUCGAGACCAAAAAUCAAGUAGUGCUGGUUCUGGAGUAUGUGGAAGGAGGGGAGCUGUUUGAGAGGAUCGUGGAUGAGAGCUGCCCCCUGACCGAGGUGGACGCCAUGGUGUUUGUGAAGCAGAUAUGCGAGGGCGUCCAGUACAUGCACCAGAUGUACGUCCUUCACCUCGACCUAAAGCCCGAGAACAUCCUUUGUGUGAAUCGGUCCAGUCAUCAGAUCAAGAUCAUCGACUUUGGGCUUGCCAGAAGGUACAAACCACGAGAGAAGCUCCGAGUUUCAUUCGGGACACCUGAGUUCCUGGCACCAGAGGUGGUCAACUUUGACUUUGUUUCCUUCCCUACAGAUAUGUGGACUCUAGGAGUUGUCACAUACAUGCUAUUAAGUGGUCUUUCUCCAUUUCUGGGUGACGAUGACAGCGAAACCCUAAACAACGUAUUAACAGUAAACUGGUAUUUUGACGAGGAGACAUUUGAGCAUGUCUCAGCUGAGGCCAAAGACUUCGUGUCCAACCUGCUCAUCAAAGAGAGGGGCGGACGUCUUAGUGCUGCUCAGUGUCUUAAGCACCCCUGGCUGAAUAAUAUAUCAGAGAAAGCAAAGGGGAGCAAUAUUAUCCUAAAGUCGCAGGUUCUCCUCAGGAAAUACAUGGCCAGGCGGUUGUGGAAGAAAAACUAUAUCGCUAUAGCAGCAGCCAACAGGUUUAAGAAGAUCGGCAGCUCGGGAUCACUCACAUCGCUGGGAAUUUGACGUUCCUUUUCACUGACUUGCACCAAUAACUUAACGUUAUUUUAUCAUGCCCACUGUUCAGGAGAUCGUUUUAAUAUUGAAAGUGAAAACUGAAGUAAUGUUAGUUCUAUAAAUAGAUUUUAUUCCUGCCUCAUGCACAGUGUUUCCAGGAAAGGCUCCAGAGACACCAUGACCCUGAUCAGGAAAAAGUGGUUACUAAUGUUUGCAAUGUUAGAUAUUUAGCUCAAGUUAAAAGGCAAACCGGGGGGGGCACGGUGGCUUAGUGGUUAGCACGUUCGCCUCACACCUCUAGGGUCGGGGUUCGAUUCCCGCCUCCACCUUGUGUGUGUGGAGUUUGCAUGUUCUCCCCGUGCCUCGGGGGUUUCCUCCGGGUACUCCGGUUUCCUCCCCCGGUCCAAAGACAUGCAUGGUAGGUUGAUUGGCAUCUCUGGAAAAAUUGUCCCUAGUGUGUGAUUGCGUGAGUGAAUGAAAGUGUGUGUGUGCCCUGCGAUGGGUUGGCACUCCGUCCAGGGUGUAUCCUGCCUUGAUGCCCGAUGACGCCUGAGAUAGGCACAGGCUCCCCGUGACCCGAGGUAGUUCGGCUAAGCGGUAGAAGAUGAAUGAAUGAUAAAAGGCAAACUGACAUCACAGUUCCCAAGAACAAUGAAUAUGAAGUAAUACUUAACUAGUACUAAAAGGGGGAACAGUGUAUUAGUGAGCAUGUUUGCCUGCAGGUUUGGGGUAUGAUAACUGCCUUUGAACCUGUGUGUUUGGAGUUUGCAUGUUCUCCCAGUGCUUUGUUGGUUUCCUUAACCAGCACAAAGACACGCGUUGUAGGUUGAUCGGCAUCUCUAAAUUGUCUGUAUUGUGUCUAUUAAUAAGCACAAGAGUAAAUAAAAAGACAAUAAACACCACAUGGAAAUCGCUUCAUCAGACUACUAAAGAAAACACUUUGUAUUGUAACACUGAUGUAUUGAUACUGAUUGAUUCCCUACUAUCACAUGGCACUCAAGGCACCAGGCAGAUAAACUGGAUGGGGUGUCAACACAUUGCAUGGUACAAUCACACACCAGGCCAUUUUAGAGAUGCCAAUCAGCCUACAAUGCAUGUCUGAACCUCAGUACAAAUCUGGAGCAUACAGAGGAAACCUCCAAAGAACAUGCAAACUUCCUGACGAAAGGGUUGAAGUGGGAAUCGAACCACCAACUGCACAAGUGUAGGGCGACCGUGAUAACCACUACCACCAUGCCCUUCGUCACAAAAACCCUUAUUUUUCAGCAUUUACCGUUUUAUAUUGACUUUACCUGAGUUUUUCCUCUCAAAACUUACACACAGCUAUGUUCCAUGCACCAUGACCCAACACUGGAAAAGGGACUUCCGAUAUGCUUUGUUUCCUUGUUUCAUUUCUUCUGUGGAAAUAGCUGUAAUAAAUAAUGUCUGUUAGUGUUCUAAACAUCAUGAUUAUUUUUUCUAAAAGGUCAAAGUUUAGUUUCUAUUAUAUGCUUUAUAUUUGCAAUUCUCUCUCUCUCUCUCUCUCUCUCUCUCUCUCUCUCUCUCUCUCUCUCUCUCUCUGUCUCUCUCUCAGUAUUCUAUGUAUAUUGCUAUAACAUAAGUUUCCUCAGUGUCUUCAUUUGUAAUCUUGAUUUGUAUUGGAAUAA